AUGCACUUCACUGUCUCCUCCAUUGCCCUGCUGGCCGUCGCUGCUGGCGUCCAGGCUGGUAGCAGCCACAAGCAGGCCGAGCCUCCAGUUAACCAGAAGGAGGGUGGCGCCGCUGUUGGCACUGCCGGCACUGCUGUCCAGGGUACUGCUGCCCAGACCGGCACCCACCCCAUCGUCACUGGCUCCGGUUCCAGCAACGGCACCUCCGGCGGCAACGGCACUGCUUCCACCAUCCCCGUGUCUGUUCCUACCAGCACUUCUGGUUCUGGUUCUGGUUCUGGUUCCGCUGGCUCCGCUGGCUCUGGAACUGCCAGCAACACCCCCGCCUCUCCCAGCUCUACUGGCUUCACUCCCUCCAACGCUGGUGCCAACGUCUCCCCCAUGGGUGCUGCCGGUGCUCUGGUCGGUGGUGCUGUCUACGGUCUUAUGCUCCUCGCAUAA